AUGCGUCAAUUAGGACCGCGUUGUUUGACCAGCGGCGCCUGUGAGUUGCGGCUGCAGUCGUGCGUGUGGGGCGCGGCGUGGCUGCGGGGAGUUGAGGCGUCGGCGGCGGCCGCGCACAACAUUUCACUUUACGCGUUAAUGAAAAGAGCCGGCACGGCGGUGUUUGAUGCUUGCAGGCACAAUUAUCCAAACAAACGACAUUGGCUUGUGCUCUGCGGGGCGGGGAAUAAUGGCGGGGAUGGAUUUGUCGUCGCCCGCCUCGCCGCCGCCAACGCCGGACUGCGGGUCACUGUAGUGACAGCAAUGAGUAAAUCAAAGAAUGGAAUGCCACCAGAGGCCACUGCCGCCUUUGCAGCGUUAAAAGAAUACAUGAUGGAAAGACAACAACAAGAAGAGGAAAAAAGAGGAAAAGAAGAGGAAAAACAAAAAGUGGAAGAUGAAACGAUGAUGGGAAAGGAAUGUAUUAUGAGUGGAGGUGGUGUUACGAUUAAGGAUGCACAAUCAUGGCAAACAGAAAAGAUUGCGGAUGAUAUUGAUUUGGUGGUGGAUGGUUUACUUGGCACUGGUAUUAAUGGAGCCCCACGUGCGGAGUAUGCGGCGUUAAUUGAUCGUAUUAAUUCCCUUUCAGUUCCACGUGUGGCUAUUGAUAUUCCAUCUGGUUUAAAUGCGGAAACAGGAGCUGUAGAGGGUGCCUGUGUGCGUGCAGAUCAUACAGUUACAUUUAUUGCGUUAAAACCGGGUUUAUUCACAGCACGUGCACGUGAUUUUGUAGGGAAGUUACAUUACAAUUGCCUUGAAUUAGGUGAGUGGAUGUUAGCAGAGGAACGGCAAAAAGAUUUAUUUUGUCGUCGUCUCACCCAUUCACAUUUGCAGGAAUUAAUCCCUUAUGCUCGAUCCCCUUGUUCACAUAAAGGUGCGAAUGGUAAAUUGUUACUUAUUGGCGGAGAUUAUGGCUUUGGUGGGGCUAUUAUAAUGGCAGCAGAGGCAGCAUUACGUACAGGUGCUGGUCUUGUGCGGGUCUUAACACGAGCAGAACACAUGACACCACUUCUCUGUCGUUGUCCAGAAGUGAUGGUGCGAGAAUUAAACCCUGCGAGUUUGCAAGAAGGAUUAGAAUGGGCCACUUCUCUAGCCGUAGGACCAGGACUUGGACAAGAUGAAUGGGGUCAAACCAUCAUUGAGAAGGUGCAAGCAUAUUGUCAAGCACAUGUGGAAGAGAAACCAUCUGUAUGGGAUGCAGAUGCCUUAAAUAUUCUGGCAUCACGUAAACAGCAAAGAAGAAACAACACAGAAGAAACAAAAAAAGAAGAAGAAAAAGAAAAAGAAGAGGGUAUUAAAUAUAUAGAUCGACUCAAGACACGUAUCUUAACACCACAUCCAGGUGAAGCUGCAAGGUUAUUAAACUGCAGCAUUGCAGAUGUGGAACGAAAUCGUUUUCAAGCUGCCAAAGAAAUAGCCACUCGAUAUGGGGGAGUUGUAUUAUUAAAAGGACCUGGUACAGUACUUUACACCGCAGAAGAAGAAAAAGAAGAAGAAAAAACAAAUAACAUCAUGAAUAUAUCAACAACAUCAAAUCCAUUACUUCUUCCCCAUUGUGUUAUUGCGGAUGUUGGGAAUAGUGGAAUGGCUUCAGGUGGAAUGGGAGAUGUGUUAACAGGUGUGAUUGCUGGUCUUCUGGCACAGCGAAUGUCCAUAUGGUCAGCGGCGUGUGUGGGUUGUUUAGUGCACGGCACCGCAGCGGAUCUCGCAGUGGCCGCACACAAUGGAGAGCGGGGAUUAACGGCAACAAUGUUGUUUAAUCAUAUACACACCUGUGUAAACCCCAAUGGAAUAUGUAAACAGAACGCAUGUCUUUGA